AUGUCGGCGGACCUGGCAGUGAUCUCCGCAAAUAUGAUGACUCGGAGUGAUAAAACAGAAUUGGUAGCCGAGCUCAGAGCGGCAAUCCGGGAGGAGAUCAUGGUGGUGCGGAGAGACCUGGCAGCACUGGAGCAGGUGGUCGAUGACCUGGAGGAAUACCGCCAGCAGACCACUCACCGCUUACAAUCAGCUGACUUGGCGGCAUCGCGGCAGGGUAACAUUCUCCUCGACCUCCGUCGUCAAGUGGAGGACCUCGACAAUCGGGGCCGCCGAAAUAACAUCCGCGUGCAUGGCAUGCCGUAA